ACCUCACUUGCUUAAGCAACAUAUAAACAAGGCAAGCAAAAAAAAAGAAGAAAAGAAAAUGGCUUUCUCACGCCUCUCAUUUGCUGCUUCUCUUGUAGUCUUCUCAUCUCUAAUCAUAUCUUCAGUUGCUUAUUACGGCAAUGAAGCCGACCCAGAGACCGGGAAAUUGAUUCCCAUCGCCGUUGAAGGGGUCAUCAUGUGCAAGUCCGGUGGCAAAACUUACCCAAUUCAAGGUGCAACGGCAAGAAUUGCAUGUGUGAAGGUGGAUGCUUAUGGGAAAGAGAUAGUUCCAAUAUCGAUAAUGAGCAGCAAAACUGAUGCUAAAGGUUACUUCUUCGCCACGAUAUUCCCUUCGCAGCUUCGUGCAGGAAGGACAGUGACCAAAUGCAAAGCUUACCUUUACAAAUCUCCAAUUGCUGAUUGCGAUUUCCCGACCGAUGUGAACAAAGGUGUUAGAGGACAGACAUUGAGCAAGUACCGUGUUCUUGAAGACAAGAGCUUCAAGCUUUACUGGGCUGGUCCUUUCUUCUACACCUCUGAACCUACUUACUACUAAUUCUGAUCUUUUGAUCAACGUGAAAUUUAACAUGUUCUUGAGAUGGAGAAUCUUUUCAUUUGUUUGAUUCGUCGUAAAACGUUUGUCUGAAAAUGAGCUAAGAGUUUGUUUUCUUUGUUUCUAUUUCAUGUCGUAUAUAUGACUUUGUCAUGUAUGUUAUGUUUUAAUUUUUUUUGGUAAAUGUAUGUUUUAUUGGAUUUGUUCUAAUCAUCUAAUUGCUUAUUUUGACUAUGCCUAAUGGAGAUCGUACGUACUUGACUACUUGUGUUAAAGCUCAUGGGUAGUAACUUGUAGUGAACUAUACCAUAACAUGUUACACAAAAACAAAAACUAUGCAUAAUAAACCGUUUUGGGAAAUGCAUCCAUUUUUUUUUCUAUGUGCAAGUAUAUGUUUUACAGGAGUAUCUACAUGUUACAUCGUAUGUUCAUCCCACUCUUUUGGUCUUUAUAUACAAUGACCUUGAUUUAUUGAACAUAACACAUCUAAAAGAAUUUGACUCUCUUUUUUUUUUUUUUUUUUUUUUUUUUUUUU